UGUUUUGCUAGUGAAUGAGCGCAGCACACCAGACUAACACACAAUCUAAUUGAUAAGAAUCAGGCUUGCCCAUUGAUCAACACACAGGGAUACGUGUAUAUCGGUUUAGAACUAGUCUAAGCAGUAGGUCUAUAGUAAGAAAAUCUAAAUCUAGAUAUAAUUAAACCAAAACAUGGAUCCACGUAUGGAGGAAACAAAAUCUAGAUAUUCAGAUCUAAUCUAGAUCUAACUGUAGUGAAGGCCUAUUACUUUUGGGUCUAAAUGGUGGCCUAGUCAUAAGCUUGUUAUGUAAAUAGAUAAACGCCAGUCCAAGCUGUGAAGAAGUUGAUUUGACAAAGUUUAGCUCUAUAUUCACUUUCAUGUGUAGUCAGGAAGUUGUUUGUUAUCGCAGUGUGAGUUUUAAUAGAUCUACACAUAUUUGGGUACCGCUCAUCGUGUUUCCACAAUCGUAUAGGCACGACUUCGCGUGGACGGAAGAUAACACUAAGGGAUAUCCACACAUGACGUCUUCCGUCGACUGAAGAAGUAAACCUGAGCUGAUAUUAAUCCCAUAGUCCAGCAUGAAAUCACCUGAUCACGCCUACAACUGUCUUCAAGCAAACUUAGUGCGUGGCGAAAUACAGGACUGGCUAAGAUAAUUGAUUCUGUGUUGUUGUACAUCACUUAUGGAUAACAUGACCUGGAUGCUAACCACUUCGUUGGCCUGUAUUUGCUUACACAUAAUGUCCAAUGGCUUUCUUUCCGAAGGAACUUUCGUUUUCCCAGUAAGUCAAAUCGAUAGGUUAGCCAGCCGUGGACAAAUACGGGAAUCGCCUUCCUGCAACGACUUUGGAUGUCGGCCCAGCUUCAAUAGCACGUCAUGCUUGAGCGAGAACGUCUGCUACGAAUCUCUGAUCUGCAAUGGUCGAACUUCUUUACCACCUGUUGAAUUUCCACUGAAUGACUGGACACUGGUCAACACAUCUGCUGCGUGUACUAUGAAGAACGAGAGCCGAUCUCUCCCCACAAUUUUUACGAAUUCUAAAAGGGAACUGGCCCUUGUUGGCAAUGGCAGUGUAGUGGACCCUCGGCCAUGUUACUUUCAGAGAAACAAAACUGUGGACCCUGUUUUCACUUUGGUUUUCUGGCUUGUAGCAGACUGUCGAAAUUGUUCCAUAAUUGAAAUGACUUCUACUAAUGGUCAGCCUAUUCAUGUGCGAGUGGUCAAUACAACUUUACUCUGCUUGGGCCAGACAUGUCAAAGUUUUACAGCUUAUGGAGGAAGUUUGGUCAUGGUGUCACUUCAGAUGAUUUAUAACAAAAUUAGGAUUUUUACAAAUAGUACAGAAAUCAAGGUCAACUCUAAUGGAAGUUUUCAAUUUGAAGAUGUCUUUGUUGGAAGCAGAGAUGUACUUCAACCAAACAAUAGUUUUGAACUAUUCUAUGUUCAGUACUAUUCAGAUGUACUUACCAAAAAUGAACUACUCUUCUUGUGGUCUGGUCUCACUGAUGUGAUGGUAGAGUUCUUUCUAUGUCAGUGCCCACCAAAUUUUACGGAUGAAUCUGACACAGAUCCAAAUAUGUGUGUGAAUGGAAAUAGUACGUACCCAAGGUUCAACAGAACUAUUAUGUUCAAUUCAGCCAAAUUGAUUUUAGAUUCACGCACUGACAGAAGAUGGGCAUCUUCUGGGUAUUCAAACAAUUCUUUGAUCUUGGCAUUCAAUUCAACCUUUCAGAUAGAUGGCGUGACUUUAACAUUUUCUAAAGACAUUCCACAUACUGUACAAGUCACAUUUAGUGUCAAUUCCACUGCUGGCAAACCCAAAGUCAUGACCUGUUUGAGUAAUGUUUGCAAUCUUGUCCUAUCUAAUUUAGCAAGUAACUCUUCCUUCAAUGAUUACAACUUAAGGAUAGCUGAUGAAAUAAAGAUAGAUCUAUGGAGUGGAUCAUUGUCUAGUAACAGCAGCUUUAUAUUGACUAAUUUAACGAUUUCAGGAAGAUGUGAUUGUCAUGGUAAUGCUGAUUCAUGUUCUGAAGUUAAUGGCAAAUUUGUCUGUAACUGCAAGUCAGAGUCCAAUACACAAGGCAAUGACUGCAAGUCCUGUGUAUCUUCAUACUUCCGCAGUCCUGGUCAGUUUAGUUGUGUUGGCAAGUGCCAGUGUAACUCUGAUGGUGUGGUCAACUCUUCUAAUCCUUGUGACCAGUCAAACGGUCAAUGCUUUUGCAAAGCUAACGUGGAAGGCUCUAUGUGUGACUCAUGCAAACCAUUUACUUACAACUUUACUAGUACCAAUGCUCUGGGUUGCACUAAAUGUGCUUGUAGUGAAAUUGGUUCUACUUCAUGUAGUAACAUCACUGGAGCAUGCAGCUGUAAAGCUAACACUAAUAAUGCAACAUGUAGCCAGUGCCUAGAAAAUUAUUAUGGCAUCGCUGAGCCAACAGGAUGUAAGGCUUGUAACUGUAGCAGCUUGGGAACUCUUAAUCAAAGCUUGUCAUGUAAUCAAACAUCAGGACAGUGCCAAUGUAAAAUGUUUGUAGAGGGUCGACAGUGUAAUACUUGCAAGGCUAAUUACUACAGGCUUGAGGCUGUUAAUCCCAGAGGAUGUUCUCCGUGUAAUUGUAACCCAGUAGGAAGUGACUCCACUGUUUGUAACAGACUGACUGGACAGUGUCCUUGUAGAGGUGGAGUCAUCACUGACUUGCAAUGUAAACCAAAGAUACUCUCUUUAAAUCCCACCUAUGGACCAGACAUUGGUGGAACUCUGGUAACUGUUCAAGGACUUCUUCUUGGCAAUGAAACCAGCAACAUCUUUGUAUCCAUUGACGACAUUCCUCAAACAGUAGUCUCUGUUAAUGACAACCGUCUAGUUUUCAAUACAUCUAAAAACAAUGAAACAGCAAUCACAACAUCAAUGGUAAAAGUUAGUUGGCUGCAAGACAGUGGUGUGAUCAACUCUGACAUUAAAUUCCUGUUUAAACAAAACCCUGUCAUUUAUCCAAGCAAUAUAUCUGCCAUUCAAUCUUUUGUGAGUGCUGGUAUUCCUGUCUUUGUCUAUGGUGACAACUUACAGAGUGUUAUGUUUCCAUUAUUGAAAGUUGUGGAUGUGUCAAAUCCAAACAAAGAGGCAGUCGGGACUUGCAAACACAACCCAUCUAAUGUCAUCUGUGAGAUUCCAAAUGUCAAGGAGUUGUUCAAAUCACCACAGGACAUGCUUCAAGUGAACCUAGUCUUUGAUGGUGUGGUCGUGCGGAACUAUUUAAACAUGACUGUCAAGCCUGACCCAGUGUUUGAUGAUAUGGGAACCAUUAGGUUUCAGUAUCCAUUUGAAGAUACCAUAACACUCACUGGUCAAGGCUUGAACUCAGCUGGCAAUGUGAAGGAUUACUCUGUGCUAAUUAGUGUUGUGCAUUGUGCUAUUCAGUCUGUUUCUGACACAAGCAUUGUCUGUAAGCCGGCCAUAACACCUCUAAGUGGAGAAACAAAACAAAUUAUUGAGAUUCAAAUUGGAAAUAUAAGGAGAAGAGUUGGAACCUUGGAAUACCUGAAACUGCAUGAAACAACCAAUUUUAUCAUUAUCAUAUGUUGUAUAUCAGGUGGAAUCUUGUUAAUAAUUUUGGCGGUGUUAUUAAUCAUUUUCUGCCGAAGACGCAGAUGUAACAAAAAAGCCAGCAGCACAUUUGAAAAUCUGGACAGUAAAAAAGUUUCUGAUGAAACAGCUUCUCCACCUGAAUAUACAGAAGCUGUAACAAUGGUGGUGACACAGCCCAAACAAAAUGGAGAACUGGUCAGGAUGGAGACAGUAAUUAAAGAGCCUAAGCUUGCAUUUGUCAACAGUCAAGCAGAUGACAGUUUCUUUAUGGAUGAGUUUCUGCCAAAACUAGAAGCAGGUUUGAGGGAAGAGGUUAGACAAUGUUUCAUUGGUGGAGGUCAUUUUGCUGUGGGCAGAAACGUUAUAGUGAAAGGACAACAGGCAAUGUUGACUGAUGGAUCACUACAGAACAAAAGCUCUGGACAGAAGCUGACAAUUAAAACUUUAAUCAAUCCAAUAACAGCUGAAUCAACACUACCAAUGUGGGCUAAUUUGGCCCUGACUGAAUGUCUCCGUUUGAAAAGGCAUAAGCACAUGCAUGUGCUGAGUAUUCUAGGCAUAGGAGUGGACAGAGAGAGAUUUCACAUUUUGUAUCCUUGUAUGUCACAAAACUUUCUGAAGGCCAUUGUGGCUGACCUAGAUAAGAAAUUCAGUGCAAGGCAACUUCUAAGUUUUGCCCAACAAGUGGCUGAAGGUUUGUGUUUUCUGACCUCUAAAGAGAUAACACAUAAAGAUGUUGCAGCUAGGAAUUGUAUGGUAGACGAAAACGGCCUGGUGAAACUGAGUGAUGCUUCCUUCUCAUGGGACUUUUACCCUGACGAGUAUGUGUAUGACAAACAGCGAGAGAGAUACCUGCCACUCAGGUGGAUGGCCCCUGAAAGUUUGUCUGAUGGCUAUUAUGAUAUGAGGACUGAUGUGUGGUCCUUUGCUACUCUGAUCUGGGAGCUGAUGACAAGAGGCUGUUUACCUUUUCAUGAAGUGUCCAAUGAGAAUGUCAAGCAGUACAUUACAUCUGGAUAUGUUCUGGGCAAGCCUGACACAUUGUCUGAUCCGAUGUAUGAGCUGAUGUGCCGCUGCUGGUCACUGGAGAAUGAAUACAGACCAUCGAUUGGGGAUAUGACCAGAGGUCUGGGAGAUAUCAUUGGAACAGAGGACGACAUCUAUGAAAACCUUGUGUCUUACUCAAACAGUGCCAGUCCUAAACAUUUCUCCUCAGGUACUGACAAUAUUUACAGUGUCACCAAUGUUAGCAAUGUAUGAUGGGAUAGGUAUAGUCCACCAUUGACAGAGCAAUACUGUUUCUAGAAAUGUUCUUAGAAUUGGUAAGGAUUGAAUAUUGCUUGUAUUUUGUUUAUUUUUUCUACCUUGAGAUACCUUUAUGUAGUUGAAACCUGCCCACGGACCCCUAAGUCAAAAAUAUAUACAAACGCAUAUUACAUAAGUAACGAUUUCUUUUAUUUGUGAUGAGAUUCAUUACAGCAUAGAAUACACAUUGUACCAAAUAAGAAGAUGGGAAAGCAGUCAACAACUUCUUUACAAUGACCCAUAAUGCAGGAAUAUGAAUAAUACUGUUUCUAGAAAGGUUCUUAGCAUUGUUAAUGAUUGCAUAAUGAAUAUAUUUUGUUGUACAUAUAUAAUGCUCAACAACUGAAAAGGCAAUGUACUAAAUCUGAUUUUAUUGUGAUAUUAUUUUUUAUUUUUCUCUGUUUCCUUUAAGACUUUUCGAGCAAAAGUUGUUAUGAUUAAAUAUUUCUGUGUAAAAGGAUUUUAUGUUACCACAAUGACGAUUUUCUUCUUUACUCUUUUCAAGACAUCUGACCAGUAAAAGCAAGCACUCAUAUUAGGCUGCACUCUAUGCAUAGCUGAAUUUAUUGUAAAAAUAUAAAAAGUUUUACUUAGAAUUCCAUAAAGUUUUUUUAAACCUCUCAGUCUCUUUCAUUUCUCUCGUUUUCGUUUGGAUGACAUUUAGAGAGAGCUAUUCAAAUCAAAGACUUUUUAAACAGAUUAUUUUCUUAAGACUGACUUGAGGAACACAUUUCUUAAUUUCUCCUGAAUAUCUUCAUUCGUUUAUGUUUGAGUUUCCUUUUUUACCUUAAGUGGCAGUUCUCUAAUCCUGAGGUUCUCAAACUUAUUUGACAUAUAGUCAAAACUUACCCACGGACCCUUAAAUAUACACAAUGCCUUUUACAUGUAUAAUGGUUUCUUUUAUUUGUGAUGAGAUUAAUUACAGCCAUGAAUCCAUGUUGUACCAAAUGAGAAGACAGGAAAGCAGUUAACAAUUUCUUUACAAUGACCCAUAAUGCAGGAUGUAAAAUUGGAAUAUGUUUUUGCAAUCAGAAUUUGUGGUCUCCUUGUUCAAACAUUGGUGUAUUCCCUCAUUUGUAAAUAAAUAAAUAAGCUGCAUCCGUGAAUGGGAUCUGAGUUUGUCCGCUGGCAAAAGGGUUCAAUAUCCAGUUGGGAAUAUCCAAUUGAAGAAUUUGUUCAAAUCUUUAAUUAAGAUCGUCAUAGAAUAGUAUGUGGAGGUGCUGUGGCUGAGUGGUAAAGCACUUGGCUUUUGAACCAGUGUUCUUGGGUUAGAAUCCUGGUGAAGACAUAUUUAUAAUUUGGUGAUGUUUGGGUGUCUCUGAGUUCACCCAGCUCUAAUGGGUAGCUGACAUAAAUUGGGGAAAAGUAAAGGUGGUUGGUUUUGUUGUUCUGGCCACGACAUCCUCAUUAACCGUGUGCCACAGAAACAGAUGACCUUUACAUCAUCAGCCCUAUAGAUCACAAGAUCUGAAAGGGUACCUUUAUUUAUAUAGAAUAGUAUGUAAUAGAUAUUAAACAGUAGAGAUUAUUAUUCAUAUUAUCGAUUGUAUAAACUGGCUUUUAGCAAAGAAGCUAUUAAAGCUGUAUACAAACUUUCUUUGGACCCCCUUGUGGACCCUUAGACCACAGUUUGAGAAACACUGCCUUAAUUUAUGUUUUACUGGACUAAAACGUCCGACUCAACCACACUUAAAUAGUUCAGUGGCUGUAGUUUAUCAGCAUUUGUAAUUUACAGAAUGCCAAAAUAUUUCAAUAGUGCAGUACUGUUGAGGAAUACAUUGUAAGUAGUACAUACUACAUAGUUUUUGGGACUACAUUUUCUCUGCAAAUU